UUAGGGAGAAUUCGGGACACGGGGGUGCAGGAAAAGUUGGAUGCCACGUAGUCCGGCUGAUCGCAGCGAUCGUUUGCAUGUAAUCAGUUCUUUUUGUGCAGAUAAUAAUCAUUUAUUAUCGUGCCUGACAUUACAAUGAUAGCAGAGCUGUGCUUGUGUUUGAUCUCAUCACUGAUUUUAUGCAUGGAUGGAGGAAAACUUCCAGAGCCAGAGGUGACCACUGAGGUCCUGCACAAACCCUUUCUGUGCCACCGCAAAACCAAGUAUGGGGACAUGCUGCUGGUGCAUUACGAUGGAUUUCUGGAGAGUAACGGGACCAUGUUCCAUUCCAGCCGCCAGCACGGAGAUAAACACCCAGUGUGGUUCACGCUGGGGAUCCGGGAGGUCAUCAAGGGAUGGGACAAGGGCCUCCAGAACAUGUGUACAGGAGAGAAACGGAAACUAACCAUCCCAUCGUCUCUGGCGUACGGCAAAGAGGGCAAAGGUCAAAUCCCACCAGACAGCACCCUGGUGUUUAAAAUCGAGCUGAUGGAGAUCAGGAACGGGCCCCGGUCACACGAGUCGUUUCAGGAGAUGGAUCUCAACGAUGACUGGAAACUCUCCAGAGCUGAGGUGAAAGAGUACCUGCGGAAGGAGUUUGAGAGACACGGAUACCCCGCCAACGACACUCAUCAUGAAACCAUGGUGGAGGACAUCUUCAAAACGGAGGAUGAGGAUGAGGACGGCUUCAUCUCGGCUCGGGAGUUCACUUACAAACACGACGAACUAUAAAAUAAUCCUUCUGAUUUAUUUUCUGAACCCUGAGGUUUAACAGGUUUAACAGGAACGAGUGUUUGUAAGGAAUCAUCAUGAACUGGGAUAGAAGCAGCCGGGCGCUCGGGUCUGCUGUAAGAUGUUUAAUCUUUAUGAAGAUAGCGUAGCUGUUUUACGUUUUCUUUUAUUUGGACUUAAUGUUGCUGUUUUGCCUCCGUUUGCUGUGAAGAACGAUGUGCCUUUUCAUCUAGAGUCACUUUAGGAUGAAACUCUCUGACUCUGGGAUUUUUUUUAUCGUAUGGUCCAUAACGGGCCAAAAUCCGCUGUCGUAAGCCACAAAUGUGCAGGAACUAUAAAUCUAUAGUAUAGAAGUAAGGGCCACGCCUUAAUGUCUUGAGGGCCUUUCAGAUCUAGAACUUGUAAUGAAUUUUUCUGGGUGUUUUGUAAUGUUCCACUGUGUAAACAUAAGCAGUCCUGCUAAUUUGCUCUGUUAUAUGCUGAUAAGUGGAAUUAAAGAAUGCAAUCUACUUA